UUUACCUCCGCUCUCUUCUCUCCCAGAUUUCCCCUGCCUCCCAAUUUCCCCCUGUUCAACCACAUCAGAGAGAAGAGCAGGUCACGGCUAAUGGCUGCCACUCACUAUGAGUUUGUAGGAGAAGUACCUCUGGACAUUCUCUGUGGAAUCUGCCUGCUGGUACCACAUGAUCCGCAGCGAGUCACGUGCUGCGGACACCAUUUCUGUCACCCGUGCAUCUCGGAGUGGAUGCAGGUUCAGUGCAGCCAGUGUCCGCUCUGCUUCAGACCCAACACCAGUCACCACGACGACCCUAGUCUGGCCCAGAGGAUCCUCCUCUUCUGCGUCUACUGCACCUCCAGACAGAAGGGCUGCAACUGGCAAGGCAUGCUACAAGAUCUCGAGCUGCACCUGAGUUCAGACGAAGGCUGUCAGUUCUCGCUAGUCGAGUGUCCGCUGGCAGUGUUUGGAUGUCAACAGCACAGUCUCACGAGGAGAGAUCUCAGCAGACACAUGACUGACAAACACACCAAACACAUGACAACUGUCAUUGUUCAACUGAAGCAGACGUCGACUAGACUGGAGACCCAGCAGAGACAGAUGGAGGAGCUGCAGCAGAGAUUUCUUUACUUCUCCUCGCAAAUCAACUCCACUAUCCAGGCCCAGAGUGGACUGGAAGCUAAGACUACUCAACUGCAGCAAGAACUCCAGAGAAUGAAGACCAAGAUCUCCCAAUUGGAGCACACCCUCAUGAAGCCGGGGCAUCUCAGUCUCUCACUGUUGGACCAGGCCAUCAGCGACACCUUCCCUCCACUGGGGAGGAGGGAGAGGAGCUUCUGCCACGAGAUGGAAGAGGAGGAUGUUGGGCUGAACACGUCACUUCUGCAGGGACUAAGGAGGAUCCAGGAAAAGGAGAGUGCGGUGCCACAGGGUAAAGUGGGUGUGGCUUCUCUGAGCGAUGUCAGGGAGGAAGCGGGGUUGCCGAUUAGUGGGGAUUUACCCACGGAGCUAGCUGUGGGUGGAAAGUCACUGGAGGAAAUGAACUCUGACCUUGUCAAAUCACCCAUUCCCUCACCCCCUGUUCUACCGACAUAUGCAACGACCGUCUCCAGACCAUUCCACCCUGUGCUGCAUGGUCACGGUCCCAUGUCACCAUGCUCCAUUCCAAUCCCCCAACAGUCGUCCAUGUCGCAACUUACACAGAGCACGAGUACCACAACGACAGUCACGGACCCCAUCACCACGGCAACCGUCGUCAUGGAUACCACCAAGUUUUUGAAUCGCCAUAGGAACCAGGAUGACAUGGUGUUCCCCGGCAACAGUAAUAGCAACCGCUCAUCGCCGUACGGGUUCCUGGGUACCAUGGCAACACCAGACUCCGGAGUGGGUGAGAGUGAUUUCUCAACUGGACGGCAGAGCAGGCUGUCCCGGGAUGGGGAGUGUGUUGUCCCGUCUGGCGGUGUACUAGAGGAGGCAGUGAGAGCUCUACCCCACUGCGGGUCGGUGGGGUCGGGUACUACGGAGUGGAUGGGGGAGAGUGGGGGAAUUACUCCGAGGUCAGACAGCUCGCUGAGUCUCCGCAGCUGCUCAAGCAGUGACUCCAGUUUCGUGGGUGACACAGUCAUCCAGUACGGAUCGUCCACUGUCGUGAAGCUGUUUGUCAAGUACAUGCCACACUGCUGCAGUCCUGAAAAAGCUGUCUCCCUGUUCCUGGCGUACGGGAAAGUCCAUCUCCUGGAGUACCACUCUGAACACAGAGAUAAACUGUUCCUGAUCAUGGACAGAGAAGGAGGGCUGCAGGCCAUGUCUGGUCUCAAUGGAACAAGGCUGCCAGGAAGUCCCAAACCUCUCUCCGUACAACUCUACAGGUCUGUGCCAGUCUCGACUACUCCAAUCGUCCAGAGAGCUGACAGCAUCACUGCUGACAAGACCCUCCGACUGUUUGUCAAGAACGUCAAAUCAGACACGACGACGGAAGAGAUUUCUGAGCUGUUUUCCGUCUACGGACGAGUGUUUGACGUGCAGAAGCAUCCAAACAGACGCAGUGUUGCCUUUGUGUACAUGUGUGAGGAGGGAGGCAACAAGGCCAUUUCCAGCCUCAAUGGCUUCACCUCCAACCAGACCAGCAAACCACUCAUUGUCAAGCUCAGCCAUGAGCCAACAGGAGCAGUCUCACUAAAAGUUUGAUCUAGAGCAGCUAUAAAACUCAGACCAACCAGCCAUACAUUAUUGUAGUUACUCACAUAAUCAACUACCUCACCUAAGAAAACACAGUUCAUUGUCAUUGCAUCAAUUGAUCACUUGUCAACAAGAAUCACUUGCUUCAUCAAAGAGAC